AUGGCGUCUAUUAUUCCUCGCGCGCUUCCUCUCCGUGCCCUGCGCGCAGCCACAACCACCUCAAGGUCAACAUGCCGACUUCCCACCACCCUUCGAUCUCCGACUGUGCCCUCAAACACACAACCCAUUCGCAACCACUCAACGUCUUCCGUAUCUGCCGAUGAAGUCUCCCAUUUCUCCGGUCUCGCCAGCUCAUGGUGGGACCCCAUGGGUCCUUCCAGAAUCCUGCACCUCAUGAACCCUCUGCGCCACGAGUUCAUCGCACAAUGUCUUGCCGAAGGACCCCCCCCACCCUCAGACACACCAGGCCUCGUCGGCAACCCUGCGAACCUGCACUACCUAGACAUUGGCUGUGGCGGCGGCAUCUUCGCCGAGUCUCUUGCGCGCACAAUUCCAGUCGAUCCCUCUGCGGAUGCACCGACACCCACACGCGCCGCGUCGAUGACAGCCAUCGAUCCCACAACGGCUUUGAUUAAUAUCGCUAGAAACCAUGCCCGCAUGGAUCCUACUGUCGACUCACACCUCCGCAGUGGCAAAUUCCGCUACUUGAACACCACCUUAGAAGACGUGCUCGCUUCUAAAUCCGAGUCCAAAUCCGAGUCCGGAUCUCCGUCUUCGUCCUCGGUCACUCACCCGCAAUUUGACGUUGUUUCCCUCUUUGAAGUCAUCGAGCACAUCGACUUUAAGACUACUACUCCAGAAGCGUUCCUUGCUAACUGUCUCCGUGCGGUUAAGCCGGGUGGUUGGCUCGUUGGUUCAACCAUCGCUCGGACAUUCCCGUCUUUCCUCUUGAAUCAGGUCAUUGCUGAGGCUCCGUGGCCGAUUGGUGUCGUGCCCCGGGGUACGCAUGAGUGGAGCAAGUUUGUGAAUCCCUCUGAGUUGCAGGCUUGGUCACAAGAGGGCUUGAUGCGUGCCGCUGACACGGCUGUGACUCGUGCGGGAGCUGCGGCUCUGGACGGCACACGGUGGAAGUGUGUAGGCACCAUCUAUGUGCCUGGUUUGGGAUGGAAGAUGGUUCCUGGAUCUGAGGAUUGGGGUAACUACUUCUGGGCUAUCAAGAGGGGCCUUUAA